AUGGCCGAUAGUCAUGCUACAUUUACCUUCCGGCACGGGAUUGCCGCUGCCCAGCUCGUCAUCUUUUCAUUAUCUCUAUUUUCUGCCAUAUUUUUCCGCUACAGACAUAGGAACGGCUGGUUUUGCAUCGGCGUCUUUUCCAUUUUUCGUAUUGUUGGGGCUCGGUGUAUGCUUGGUACCUUGACAAACGACGCGACUAGUGUAUGGGCAGGAGUCUUUGUUUGUGAAUCAUUGGGUAUGGUCCUGCUUGUCUUCCUUCUUCUGGAACUUUUACAGAGAGCAAACAAAGAAGUCGAAACAAUAAACCCCCGCUGGUUCUGGUAUCCUCAAAUCAUCACAUGGGCUGAUAUUGGCCUCGCCGUCGGCGGAUUCGUCUCUGCUUCGCAUCAUUCAUCGCUCGCUCCCACGCCUUAUACACAAGCCAGCUUUGGUCUCUACACGAGCAUGUAUCUGCUAGUAGUUGGUAUGACAUGGUUUUUAUGGCGCAAUCGGGCCAGUUAUCCCAUAGACGAGAAGCGCGCCAUUCUUUGCGUCGUCGUAUGCCUGACCCUGCUGGCAAUACGUACUGCAUAUGCAUUGAUCUACCAAAUCACCGGCGACAAGACAUGGAACGCGGUGGAGGGGAGACCGACCCCUUACCUUCUCAUGACGAUGCUUCCCGAACUGGGCAUAAUAUACGUGGCCAUCUGGACCAUUUGUCAAAUCAGUCCACCGCCGCAAGAAAAACGAGGCCGAACGAGAUCUGAGGAGCUCUAUUCAUUCGUCCACGGAGACUCUGGGGAUAGGUUGAGAGCCCAUGACGAAGAGAACAAUAAGCCUCAAUCAGCAGAGACAAUACACAUGUAG